UGUCUGGGUUUCUGCAGUCAGAGAGCAACAGUAUAUGUCUUAGAAUGGUUGUCCCAAGCCAUGGGAAGCAGUCAGGGGCAGUGGCUAACUUAGCAAAAUUAGAAAAAGGAUUCUCCUCUGGAACAGAACAAGUAAGGCACCCUUAUUUUGUUCUUAAGGCUUUAGGAAUCUGUGGUUCUCAAAUGUUUGCUGAGAUGGAUUUGAGGGCUAUAAAUUGUUACCAGACUCUGAUCAAAGAAGUGGGACAAAGGCAUUGUGUGGACCCUGCUGUCAUUGUGGCCAUCAUUUCCAGGGAAAGCCAUGGCGGAACCAUCCUGCCAGAUGGCUGGGACCACACGGGACUUAAAUUUGGUUUAAUGCAGCUUGAUAAACAAAUUUACCAUCCUGCUGGUACCUGGGACAGCAAAGAAUAUCUUUUGCAGGCUGUUGGGAUUCUUACAGACAGAAUUAAGGUAACCCAGAAAAAUUUCCCCACAUGGAGUGCAGCUCAACACUUCAAAGGUGGUCUCUGGGCUUUUAAGUCAGGAAUGGAAGCCAUUGUCACCCCAGUGGACAUAGACAAUGACUAUGUCAGUGAUGUACUUGCCAGAGCUAAGUUCUACAGAAGACAGGGCUAUUAGGCAAAGCUCUGUGGGUGGACCAGGAUGGAAGGAG